AUGGUGCAGGAUAUGGAGAAAGAAAUUGCGACGCUUACUACGCUGGAGCGCGAAAUGGCGCGACUCGCAUUGGUACAGGGCGAUUUGGAGUUCACGGCGCAAGACGCCGCUCGGUUCCAGCGCAAACAAGACAGCAUGCUCGAAGAGACACAUGCGUUGGACAGCGAGAAGGAAAGGAUUCUGCAUAAGUUAGCCAAACAGGAUGAUGACAAAGCGAGCUUGGAUGCGGAGCUGAAAGCGCUGGUACAAGAAGGUGCUGCGCUCGAUGCGAAAGAGGCACAGUCCUGGGAUCAGUAUAACCAAAUGGCUGCGACGCUUCAAGAAGAAAUGGACAAGCACGCGUCCUGUGCUGCUGAGCUUACCUACUACCAAACGAUCCUUGCGCAGCUCGAUAAAACAAGUGCUUACAAAGAUGUUUUUUGCAUCGAAGAUCAUGGGAGAGGCAUGGCUACAAUCAAUGGCCAGCGUCUUGGACGCAUUGUCACGAAUCCUACGGCAUCGGGAAUGCGUGCUACUGAACAGGUCGACUGGCCUGAGAUUAAUGCUGCACUGGGACAGUCUGCGUUUCUGCUUGCAGUUCUCUCUCGCAUCUUGCAAUACAAGUUCCAGACCUACAAUAUUAUACCCAGAGGCUCUUUCACUUUUGUGGAAAAACUCGACAAGAGUGGUGUUGUGUAUGAGCUGUAUGGCACAAGCGAUUGGCAACUAGGCCGCCUCCUGCAUUCACGCAGAUUUGACUAUGCCUUGAUUGGAUUCUUGGAGUGUGUGCACGAGUUGUGCACGCACGUCAAACAGCAAGACACCUCUUUUGAACCGCCCUAUUCGAUUCGAAAGGACCGGAUAGGUGACGCCAGCAUUCGCCUCCAAUUUAACCAGCCUGAAAACUGGACACGCGCUUGUAAAUACGUCUUACUCACGUACGUUUUUUUUGUCGCACUCACGCUCAGUCUCCGCGCCUUAUUACAAUAUGCAUUGGACCAUAUUCCCCCCGCCAUAGACCGCUAG